CACAUCAGUGUGGGAUCAGCCCACUGAUCUCCGAAAAUCAGCCGUCGAAGUAGAACGUGGUUCGAUGAGCGCUACGAAGAUGCAGCGAGAGAAAACAGUUAAUGCUGGCGGCGCUGAAAAGCCUGACCGGGAGGCCGCGAUCAUGUCGAAAUACUACGACGGAGUUGAGUUUCCUUUCUGCGACGAGUUCUCCAAAUAUGAAAAACUGGCCAAAAUAGGGCAAGGUACCUUUGGGGAAGUUUUCAAGGCGAAGCACAAACAGACUGGGAAGAAGGUUGCACUGAAAAAAGUUCUGAUGGAAAAUGAGAAAGAAGGAUUCCCAAUCACAGCUCUGAGAGAGAUCAAGAUCCUUCAGCUGCUCAAACAUGAGAACGUGGUCAAUCUGAUCGAAAUCUGCAGGACUAAAGCGACUCAGUUCAACAGGUACAAAGGCAGCAUCUAUCUGGUGUUCGACUUCUGUGAGCACGACCUGGCUGGACUGCUGAGCAACGCCAAUGUCAAGUUCACUCUGGCAGAGAUCAAGAAGGUCAUGCAGAUGCUGCUGAAUGGACUCUACUACAUUCACAGAAACAAGAUCCUUCACAGAGACAUGAAGGCUGCCAACGUUCUCAUCACCAGGGAUGGCGUUCUGAAGCUGGCUGACUUUGGGUUGGCUCGAGCAUUCAGCCUGGCCAAAAACAGCCAAGGGAACCGUUACACCAACCGCGUGGUCACACUGUGGUACAGACCGCCAGAGCUGCUGCUCGGUGAACGAGACUAUGGUCCGCCCAUUGACCUGUGGGGAGCUGGCUGCAUCAUGGCAGAGAUGUGGACCAGGAGUCCCAUCAUGCAGGGCAACACGGAGCAACACCAGCUGACUCUGAUCAGCCAGCUCUGUGGUUCCAUCACUGUGGAGGUUUGGCCUGGUGUGGAUAAGAAGUAUGAGCUUUACCAGAAAAUGGAGCUGCCCAAAGGCCAAAAGAGGAAAGUGAAAGAUCGUCUGAAAGCCUAUGUCAAAGACCCCUACGCUCUGGACCUGAUCGACAAGCUCCUAGUUCUAGACCCAGCCCAGCGCAUAGACAGCGAUGACGCACUAAACCACGACUUCUUCUGGUCCGACCCCAUGCCAUCAGACCUGAAGAGUAUGCUGUCCGCACACAAUACCUCCAUGUUUGAAUAUCUGGCCCCGCCCAGGCGGAAAGGCCACAUGCCUCAACAGCAGCCCAAUCAGAACAGAAACCCAACCACCACAGGCCAGACGGAGUUCGAUCGGGUAUUUUAGGAAACUGCCCGGUGUGGCCCUGUACAGCAAGCUGAUGAACCCGACC